AAAGCGGUAUUGAUGCGGAACCUUUUUGGGACCUCGACUGCACCGACUACAUGAACUUACAUUGCUCUACAUAUAACACUGCUGAAGACAUCCUUUACAUAGCAUAAAGGCAGCCUUUCACAAAAUGGAGACCAAGGCAAAGUUCUACGCGGGUGCUGUGCCACUUAUUUUAGCCAUAGCGUGGGGUUUCUGGGGAACAAAUGUCGGGGAAUAUUUCCCAGAUUUAUCUGCAAGUUUUGGUGGCGAAAAUAAAGACACAAAUAGUAACCUGAAGGGCCAUAUGGAAAAGUUCGGUGAACAAGUCGAUGAGCUGACGGAAAUUCCAACACUGGACCACUUUCCCGAACCCGAGGUAUUUUAUAGGGACUACAUGCGGAAGUCUGUGCCUUUAGUGGUCAAAGGUGCACUAAAACACUGGCCUGCAGUGGAAAAAUGGAAGAACGAAGACUAUUUGAGGGAGAGAUUUGGUCACCGUACUUUUCUGUCUAUGUGGAGAAACAUCACCGAUGCGUAUCACCCGGCACAUAUGAUGAUGUCUAUGGCUGAUUUUUUGGAUAAUUACAGAGAGCAUAAGAUAUAUAUGGAUUCCACUGUGUGUGAAGAAAUGGCAGAAGACCUCACUUUUCCAGGUUACAUAGCAUGUGAUGAAUACUUGAAAAUUCUGAAACAGGUUGCCAUUUUCUUCAACUCGGGCUGGUCAAGCACCGACAUUCAUCUCGACGUCACAGAGACCAUCUUUGCCCAAGUGACCGGUGGGCGGCAGUGGAUAUUGACCACUCCUAGCGACGGAAAAUACCUAUACUCGGAUGAAUUUGAACACCACGAUGGCAUGUCACCCGUUAAUCAAGAAGCGGUUGACUUGCAAAAAUACCCCGACGUGUCCAAAAUCGCCAUCUACAAGGCCAUACUAGAACCCGGUGACAUUAUAUACGUCCCCGAGGGUUGGUGGCACCAAGUGAGAACACACGGAGGACCGCCUAAUAUCGCCAUAGCCAUCUUCAUUGACUUUCUUCUCUGUAUGUUUAACACACCACCGUCUAACGACUCGGUUUAUAUUGACAACUGCAUCAAGCUUCGAGAAGAGAAACCUGAAGAGAUAAAAUGUAACAUUCGCAUAGACGAUAUGCCCAUCAGGGAGGUUUUUUCCAAGUACAAAUACCUCAAGCCAGAAGCAAUGGACAUUGAGCAGGAAAGCAGAACCGACAGAGAUGAAGAAAUAAUAUUGAAGAGUGGAUAUUCUAUGCCCGUGUUAGGCCUUGGUGUUGGAGGAAUGACACCAGAUGAAGCUGAAAGAGGUAUUCGACACGCGCUGAAGAUUGGGAACAGGCUCUUUGACACAGACCCAGAGGACGAGAGUGAGACUACUUUAGGUUCCAUCCUCUCAGAAAACGAGUACUGUAAACGAGAAGAUGUUUUCGUGAUUGUCAAAGUCCAUCCUAAGAAUUUGGGCAAAGAAGCAACGAGAAUGUCCAUUGAGAGAUCAAUGAAAAGACUGAAGACAGACUAUAUUGAUUUGGUUCUUAUCAAAGCGCCAUCUUGUGAUACUAAGGGGUUCGAAUGUGACGCAGACGAAAAUCGAGGCACGUGGCAGGAAUCGUGGAAGGUGAUGGAAGAAAUGAACAAAACGGGAAGCAUUCGUUCUAUUGGUGUCAGUAACUUUAAAAUUUCUCAGCUGAAGGAGCUAAUGGCAGAGGCCACAGUUCCCGUCUCAGUUCUCCAAGCAAGAUUUGAUUUAAUAAAGAGAAAUACGAAGUUGAGGAAAUUUUGCGACGCUAAUGGUAUUCGGUUCAUGGCUCAUAGCUUACUUGGGUUCGGGUGGGUGAAGGAUGGUUCAACAACAAAUAAUCCAAUUCUCAAUAGCGAUAUGGUUAUGCUGGCAGCUAGAAAGUACCGCACAAGUCCGGCGUCCAUUUUGAUAAGAUAUGCUUUGGAUCGAGAUAUCACGGUGGUACCUAGAUCUUCAAACCCGCUGCACAUCUCACUGAACAAGCAUUCUACCUCUCUAGAUAUUCAAGACAGUCCCGAUAUAAUGGAAGAUUUGGAAAACUUUCCACACGUACAGUAAAUCUGCAUUUUUAUGAAAGAGCUAGAUAUAGAUAAAAUGUUUGACAAAGGUUAUUUGGUAUUUACGUACCUGUUUGGAGCACGUCUGUUAUGUUUGAGAACUGCUUUUGAAAUUAGAAAAUUAUGGUUUUUAUGUAGGCCUUAUGCUAUUAAAAUUAUAGACAAUGACUAAUACCUUAUCCAUCUUAUGUCUGUUGUUUAAAAACUUUUUGAUGACAUUUUUCAUAAGAAUCAAAGUACAUAUCCUUUUAAUGGAAAACUUUUAAUGAUGUAGGAUUAUACUUACUUUUAAUAUUCAGAAUAGUUUACAUAAAAUUUAUAUAUUCAGAUUUUUGAUGCAGUUCAGAUGGCAUAAACAUUUUAUUGAAAUAUUUAAUAUUAAGAGGUAUGUUGGGUUAGGAUUAAAUAGGCUUUUUUU